AUGCAACAAUUCGAAUUCCACCCCUCCCUCCCUUCCACCACCGCCUCCGCCGCCUGGAUCGAAGUCGAACCCUCAAUCCACGAACUCACACUGAACUCGUCCCCAUCAUCCUCGCGGCGGACGCUGCUCCAACGCUGGGCACCCAACACCUCCAAUGUCUGCCAGGACUUUGUGCACGAGUACAUCGAGGAGAUCUACAUUGUCGAAGGCACGCUGUCGUGCGAGGACGAUUCUGCGAGAGGUGUGCAGGGCGGGAAGUGGGAGAAGGGUGCGUAUGCUUAUCGAAAGCCGGGGAUGCGGCAUGGGCCGUUCAGGAGUGGUGAAGAGGGGUGUUUGAUGUUUAUUACUUGUACGCCUGUUGGGGAGUGUACAUGGACGGAGGACUGA